GAGCAGAGCGCAAUCUUGAGGGGUCCUCUGAGGCACCCGUGGGUUGAAGUUUAAAAAGCACCUGAAGUUUAAUUAGCACCAUUAAGCACCUGGGAUGCUGAAGUUUAAAUAUGGAGCGCGGAAUCCCCCGGAUGCUGGUGCUAUUGAGCCCAUUGCCAGCCGGGCCUCCAGGCUGAAUCUCUUCUUCCAGGGGAAACCACCCUUUAUGACUCAACAGCAGAUGUCUGCUCUUUCCAGAGAAGGGAUAUUAGAUGCCCUGUUUGUUCUCUUUGAAGAAUGCAGCCAGCCUGCUCUGAUGAAGAUUAAGCACGUGAGCAACUUUGUCCGGAAGUAUUCCAACACCAUAGCUGAGUUACAGGAGCUCCAGCCUUCGGCAAAGGACUUUGAAGUCAAAAGUCUUGUCGGUUGUGGUCACUUUGCUGAAGUACAGGUGGUAAGAGAGAGAGCAACUGGGGACAUCUACGCCAUGAAAAUCAUGAAGAAGAAGGCCUUAUUGGCCCAGGAACAGGUUUCAUUUUUUGAAGAAGAACGGAACAUAUUAUCUCGAAGCACAAGCCCUUGGAUCCCCCAAUUACAGUAUGCCUUUCAGGACAAAAAUAACCUUUACCUGGUCAUGGAAUAUCAGCCUGGAGGAGAUUUGCUGUCACUUUUGAAUAGAUAUGAGGACCAAUUAGAUGAAAAUAUGAUUCAGUUUUACCUAGCUGAACUGAUUUUAGCUGUUCACAGUGUUCAUCAGAUGGGAUAUGUACAUCGAGACAUCAAACCUGAGAAUGUUCUCAUUGACCGAAUGGGACACAUCAAGCUGGUGGAUUUCGGAGCAGCUGCUAAAAUGAAUUCAAAUAAAAUGGUGAAUGCCAAGCUCCCAAUUGGAACCCCCGAUUACAUGGCUCCUGAAGUGCUGACCGUGAUGAACGGGGACGGAAGAGGCACCUACGGCCUGGACUGUGACUGGUGGUCAGUGGGAGUGAUUGCUUACGAAAUGGUUUAUGGGAGAACGCCAUUCACAGAGGGCACCUCCGCCAGGACCUUCAAUAAUAUCAUGAAUUUCCAGCGGUUUUUGAGGUUUCCAGAUGACCCAAAAGUUAGCAGUGAAUACCUUGAUCUGAUUCAGAGUUUGUUGUGUGGCCAGAAAGAGAGAUUGAAAUUUGAGGGCCUUUGCUGCCAUCCUUUUUUCUCCAAGAUGGACUGGAAUGACAUUCGUAACUCUCCUCCCCCCUUCGUUCCCACCCUCAAGUCUGACGAUGACACCUCCAAUUUUGAUGAACCAGAGAAGAAUUCGUGGGUUUCAUCCUCUCCGUGCCAGCUGAGCCCCUCUGGUUUCUCGGGCGAAGAACUGCCGUUUGUGGGGUUUUCAUACAGCAAGGCACUGGGGAUUCUUGGUAGAUCUGAGUCUGUUGUAUUGAGUCUGGACUCCCCUGCCAAGACUAGCUCCAUGGAAAAGAAACUUCUCAUCAAAAGCAAAGAGCUGCAAGACUCUCAGGACAAGUGUCACAAGAUGGAGCAGGAAAUGACCCGGUUACAUCGGAGAGUGUCAGAGGUGGAGGCUGUGCUUAGUCAGAAGGAGGUGGAGCUGAAGGCCUCUGAGACUCAGAGAUCCCUCCUGGAGCAGGACCUUGCUACCUACAUCACAGAAUGCAGUAGCUUAAAGCGAAGUUUGGAGCAAGCACGGAUGGAGGUGUCCCAGGAGGAUGACAAAGCACUGCAGCUUCUCCAUGACAUUAGAGAACAGAGCCGGAAGCUCCAAGAAAUCAAAGAGCAGGAAUACCAGGCUCAAGUGGAGGAAAUGAGGUUGAUGAUGAAUCAACUGGAAGAGGACCUUGUCUCAGCCAGAAGACGGAGUGAUCUCUAUGAAUCUGAGCUGAGAGAAUCUCGGCUUGCUGCUGAAGAAUUCAAGCGGAAAGCAACAGAAUGUCAGCAUAAGCUGAUAAAGGCUAAAGAUCAAGGGAAACCUGAAGUAGGAGAAUAUUCCAAACUUGAGAAGAUCAAUGCUGAACAGCAGCUCAAAAUCCAAGAGCUCCAAGAGAAGCUGGAAAAGGCGGUGAAAGCCAGCACAGAGGCCACCGAGCUGCUGCAGAAUAUCCGUCAGGCAAAGGAGCGAGCCGAGCGAGAGCUGGAGAAGCUGCAGAACCGAGAAGAUUCUUCAGAAGGCAUAAGAAAGAAGCUGGUUGAAGCUGAGGAACGCCGCCAUUCUCUGGAGAACAAGGUAAAGAGACUAGAGACCAUGGAGCGUAGAGAAAACAGACUGAAGGAUGACAUCCAGACAAAAUCCCAACAGAUCCAGCAGAUGGCUGAUAAAAUUCUGGAGCUGGAGGAGAAACACCGGGAAGCCCAAGUUUCAGCCCAGCACCUAGAAGUACACUUGAAGCAGAAGGAGCAGCAUUACGAGGAAAAAAUUAAAGUGUUGGAUAACCAGAUAAAGAAGGACCUGGCUGACAAGGAGAGCUUGGAGAACCUGAUGCAGAGACACGAAGAGGAGGCCCACGAGAAGGGCAAGAUUCUCAGCGAGCAGAAGGCGAUGAUCAAUGCCAUGGAUUCCAAGAUCAGAUCUCUGGAACAGAGAAUUGUGGAACUUUCGGAAGCCAAUAAACUUGCAGCAAACAGCAGCCUCUUUACCCAAAGGAACAUGAAGGCCCAGGAAGAGAUGAUUUCAGAACUCAGGCAACAGAAAUUUUACCUAGAGACUCAGGCUGGGAAAUUGGAGGCCCAGAACCGAAAAUUGGAAGAGCAGCUGGAGAAAAUCAGCCACCAAGAUCACAGUGACAAGAGUCGGCUGCUGGAGCUAGAGACAAGAUUGAGGGAGGUCAGUCUGGAGCAUGAGGAGCAGAAAUUGGAGCUGAAGCGCCAGCUCACAGAGCUGCAGCUGUCCCUGCAAGAGCGUGAGUCCCAGCUGACAGCCCUGCAGGCUGCCCGGGCCGCCCUGGAGAGCCAGCUUCGCCAGGCAAAGACAGAGCUGGAGGAGACGACUGCAGAAGCUGAGGAGGAGAUUCAGGCUCUCACGGCACAUAGAGAUGAAAUCCAGCGCAAAUUUGAUGCCCUUCGUAACAGCUGUACUGUCAUCACAGACCUGGAGGAGCAGCUAAACCAGCUCACCGAAGACAACGCUGAACUCAACAACCAAAACUUCUACUUGUCCAAACAACUCGAUGAGGCUUCGGGCGCCAACGAUGAGAUAGUUCAGCUGCGAAGUGAAGUAGACCAUCUCCGGCGUGAGAUCACCGAGAGGGAGAUGCAGCUUACCAGCCAGAAGCAAACGAUGGAGGCUCUGAAGACCACAUGCACGAUGCUAGAAGAACAAGUCAUGGAUCUGGAGGCGCUGAAUGAUGAACUACUAGAGAAAGAGCGCCAGUGGGAGGCCUGGAGGAGUGUGCUUGGUGAUGAGAAGUCCCAGUUUGAGUGUCGGGUUCGAGAGUUACAGAGGAUGCUGGACACUGAGAAACAGAGCAGGGCACGUGCUGAUCAGCGGAUCACUGAGUCUCGCCAGGUGGUGGAGUUGGCAGUGAAGGAACACAAGGCUGAGAUUCUCGCUCUGCAGCAGGCUCUCAAAGAACAGAAGCUGAAAGCUGAGAGCCUCUCUGACAAGCUCAAUGAUCUGGAAAAGAAGCAUGCCAUGCUUGAAAUGAAUGCCCGGAGCCUACAGCAGAAACUGGAGACUGAGCGAGAGCUCAAACAAAGGCUUCUGGAAGAGCAAGCCAAGUUACAGCAGCAGAUGGACCUACAGAAGAGCCACAUAUUCCGUCUUACUCAAGGGCUUCAAGAAGCUCUUGAUCGGGCUGAUCUGUUGAAGACAGAAAGAAGUGAUCUGGAGUAUCAGCUGGAAAAUAUUCAGGUUCUCUAUUCUCAUGAAAAGGUGAAAAUGGAAGGUACUAUUUCUCAACAAACCAAACUUAUUGAUUUUCUGCAAGCCAAAAUGGACCAACCUGCUAAAAAGAAAAAGGGUUUAUUUAGUCGACGGAAAGAGGACCCUGCUUUGCCCACACAGGUUCCUCUGCAGUACAAUGAGCUGAAGCUGGCCCUGGAGAAGGAGAAAGCUCGCUGUGCAGAGCUUGAGGAAGCUCUUCAGAAGACUCGCAUUGAGCUCCGCUCCGCCCGAGAGGAAGCUGCGCACCGCAAAGCCACAGACCAUCCUCACCCGUCUACGCCGGCCACUGCGAGGCAGCAAAUUGCCAUGUCUGCCAUUGUGCGGUCGCCUGAGCACCAGCCCAGUGCCAUGAGCCUCCUCGCACCACCAUCCAGCCGCAGAAAAGAGUCUUCAACUCCAGAAGAAUUUAGUCGGCGUCUCAAGGAGCGCAUGCACCACAAUAUUCCUCACCGAUUUAACGUAGGACUGAACAUGCGAGCCACAAAGUGCGCCGUGUGUCUGGAUACUGUGCACUUUGGACGGCAAGCAUCCAAGUGUCUCGAGUGUCAGGUGAUGUGUCACCCCAAGUGCUCCACCUGCUUGCCAGCCACCUGUGGCCUGCCUGCCGAAUAUGCCACGCACUUCACUGAGGCCUUCUGCCGUGACAAAAUGAACUCCCCAGGUCUACAGAGCAAGGAGCCCAGCAGCAGCCUGCACCUGGAAGGGUGGAUGAAAGUGCCGAGGAAUAACAAACGAGGACAGCAAGGCUGGGACAGGAAAUACAUUGUAUUAGAGGGAUCAAAAGUCCUCAUUUAUGACAAUGAAGCCAGAGAAGCUGGACAGAGACCGGUGGAAGAAUUUGAGCUCUGCCUUCCCGACGGGGACGUAUCUAUUCAUGGUGCCGUUGGUGCUUCUGAACUCGCAAACACAGCCAAAGCAGAUGUUCCAUACAUACUGAAGAUGGAGUCUCACCCACACACCACCUGCUGGCCGGGGAGAACCCUCUACUUGCUAGCUCCCAGCUUUCCCGACAAACAGCGCUGGGUCACCGCCUUAGAAUCAGUUGUUGCAGGUGGGAGAGUUUCUAGGGAAAAGGCAGAAGCUGAUGCUAAAUUACUUGGAAACUCCCUGCUGAAACUGGAAGGUGAUGACCGGCUAGACAUGAACUGCACACUGCCCUUCAGUGACCAGGUGGUGUUGGUGGGCACUGAGGAAGGGCUCUAUGCACUGAAUGUCUUGAAAAACUCCUUAACCCAUGUCCCAGGAAUUGGAGCAGUCUUCCAAAUUUAUAUCAUCAAGGACCUGGAGAAACUACUCAUGAUAGCAGGAGAAGAGCGGGCCCUGUGUCUGGUAGAUGUGAAGAAAGUGAAGCAGUCUCUGGCACAGUCGCACCUUCCUGCCCAGCCAGACAUCUCGCCCAACAUUUUCGAAGCUGUCAAGGGCUGCCACCUGUUUGGUGCUGGCAAGAUUGAGAAUGGUCUCUGCAUUUGUGCUGCCACACCCAGCAAGGUGGUCAUCCUCCGCUACAAUGAAAACCUCGGCAAGUAUUGUAUUCGGAAGGAGAUAGAGACCUCAGAGCCCUGCAGCUGUAUCCACUUUACCAAUUACAGUAUCCUCAUUGGAACCAACAAAUUCUACGAAAUCGACAUGAAGCAGUACACACUGGAGGAAUUCCUAGACAAGAAUGACCACUCCUUGGCUCCUGCUGUGUUUGCCUCCUCGUCCAACAGCUUCCCUGUCUCGAUCGUUCAGGUGAACGGCGCAGGGCAGCGAGAGGAGUACCUGCUGUGCUUCCACGAAUUUGGGGUAUUCGUGGAUUCUUAUGGAAGACGUAGCCGCACCGAUGAUCUCAAGUGGAGUCGCUUGCCUUUGGCCUUCGCCUACAGAGAACCCUAUCUGUUUGUGACCCACUUCAACUCACUUGAAGUCAUUGAGAUCCAGGCCCGUUCCUCACUGGGGACCCCUGCCCGAGCCUAUUUGGAAAUCCCAAACCCGCGCUACCUGGGCCCUGCAAUUUCCUCGGGAGCAAUUUACCUGGCUUCCUCAUACCAGGAUAAAUUAAGGGUCAUUUGCUGCAAAGGAAACCUUGUGAAGGAGACCGGCACUGAGCACCACCGGGUCCCCUCCACCUCCCGCAGCAGCCCCAACAAGCGAGGCCCACCAACGUAUAAUGAGCACAUCACCAAGCGUGUGGCCUCUAGCCCAGCACCACCCGAAGGCCCCAGCCACCCCCGAGAGCCAAGCACACCCCACCGCUACCGUGAGGGGCGAACAGAGCUGCGCAGGGACAAGUCUCCUGGCCGCCCCCUGGAGCGUGAGAAGUCCCCGGGCCGGAUGCUGAGCACACGUAGGGAGCGGUCACCUGGGAGGCUGUUUGAAGACAGUAGCAGGGGCCGGCUGCCUGUGGGAGCUGUAAGGACCCCGUUGUCCCAGGUGAACAAGGUCUGGGACCAGUCUUCAGUAUAAAUCUCAGCCAGAAAAACCAACUCCUCAUCUGACUCUGCAGGAAAACACCAAACACACUAUGGAACUCUGCUGCAGGGGACCCGAGCACCUGCCUACUCAGCUGCCCCAUGGCACAGCUAGGCCCAGACCCACCUCGGCACGGACACCUCUGUCUCCAGGAGGUGCAGGUGGCUGAGGCUCUUUGGAGCCAUCAGCACUCAGUGCCUCCUUCGGGCACCUUCCUGCAGUCAUCCUCUUUGCACUUUGUUACUCUUUCAAAGCAUUCAUAAACUUUUGUACCUAGCUCUAGCCUGUACCAGUUCAUCCAAGGAACCAACCAGACACUAACUCUGUGGUUAGAAUCCUAAUUAGCUACUUCAACACCUAGGGUUGGUUGGUUUUUCUUUUCUUUUCCUAUUUUUUUUUUCUUUUUCCUUUUCCUUUUUUUUUUUUUUUUUUUUUAAGACAAGAGACUUAAUAGAUUUGAAUAGCAAUGUAUUUCCUGUUGUAGUCAUUUUUAGCUUAGAUCACAUCCUCAGGUCUUUGCCACUGAAAUGUAGUGUAGAAGAGUCCCCAUCAAUUGGCUAACCUCCUGCAUUCAUGUAGCUUUAUCUUCAUUCCAGUCUAUUCUCAUAGAUGGCCCUGUUUUACCCAGGGUGACAUCAUAGCCAAAUGUUUACUGUUUUCAUUGCCUUUUAUGGCCUUGAACACUUCCCCUCCCACCAGCUGAGAAUGUAUGGAGGUCAUCAGGCCUCAGCUCGGAGGCAGUGACCUGGAGCCAAGGGACCUCACUGAGCUUUCUUUCCCUGCUCCUCAGUGUCAUCCACCCAGCCUGCUGUCCCCGCUGUCCAUGUGGCUUUGGCCAGGAAAGCAUGCAAUAGACUUGCUCCGAGCCCAGCAUUAAUGGGCCUUUGGGUUGGGGAGGGGACAGGGCACCUACCUCCUGUCCCCAACAGUGUGUUACUCCCCACUCUGGGACGGGGAGGAGCCCCGUCCAGGAGCUCUGCAUGGCGGUUCACUGCAUGUGCUAUCCCCUGACCUGGCUAAUCCCCUGGGUUGCUCUGCCAACAUACUGAUACCAUCCCAUAGCUCCUGCCAAAUUGAGACCCUCUGAUGACUUGCCAACUAACUGGCCACAACAAGCUGCAGCCUGUAGCACUGAUCAAACAAACAAAACGCUCAAGCCUUACGACCAGAGAAGGAUUUCAGCAAACCACCACCUCUCACUCAGUUUCCUCUUGGACCUUCACACUUCCCUGCUGAGUUCCGCAUCCAUGUUCACAAACAACGUAGCGCGGUUCUACCCAACAAAACUGUGACUUCCCAAACGAGCCUUUCCCUAGGGCUAGACCUAAGACCAGGAUGUUGGAGAGAGAAGCCGCAGCUCAACUCUUCCAGCCCUACAGGGUUGGCAAGUCCCCUUUAGGUGCAGUGCGGCUCACCCCGUUUCUCUAGCCCUCUUUCAGAGUAUGGGAUUCCUGGCAACUGGUUUAGAACCAACCUAGAGGCUUUGCAGUUGGCAAGCUAACUAGCGGCCUUAUUUCUGCCUUUAAUCUCCCACAAGGCCUCUCUUGCUUUGGAUUCUCUCUGUGACUCUUAAGCAUGCCUCACCAACCAAGGCACAUGCUAGGUAGGCUAAAAGGUAGACCUAUUUCCAUCGCAGCAGGUGAACGUGACUGUGUCUCCAACCCAUAUGUCCACAGUUCAGGUCACUUUCCAGAUUGCAACCUGGCCCAAAUACUGGCUCCUUCCUGCUCGUCUCUUUACCUAAGUGCUUUCUUGUUUGAAAUGCCCAUGAACCUCCAUGUCAUAGCACCUUUGGCAAGUGUCCUGCUAUCGUGUUUUAUGUGUUGCUUGGAGUCUUUGGGGUCAUAUUCCCUCCCUCCCCUCCCCCAGGGCAGAUCCGACUGAAUGUUUGCUGAAGUUUUUGUCUCUUGGUCCACAAGUAUUUGGAAAGGUCACUGAUAAUUGGUCUUUCAGUCUUGGCAUUUCAUUUAGGAUCUCCAUGAGAAAUGGGCAUCUUGAGCCCAGAAAAUGUAUAUUGUGUGUCUCAUUUGUGAAAUGCUUCCUGCUAUAUAGAACUAGCUCUAAAGACUGUACAUAUUUACAAGAAACUUUAUAUUCGUAAAAAAACAAAACAAAACAAAAGGAAAUUGAAUUGGUUUCUACUUUUUUAUUGUAAAAGGUGCAUUUUUCAACACUUACUUUUGGUUUCAAUGGUGGUAGCUGUGGACAGCCAUCUUCGUUGGAGGGUGGGGAGCUCCCUGUGACCACCAAGAUGCCAGCAGGAGAUAUAGUAACAGGAAAUUGCAGUCAAAAGCUUAUUAGCAUAAAUAAGAUUCUAGGUCUCCAAAAGUACAGGCUUUUUCUUCAUUACCUUUUUUAUUCAGAAUGAGGACGAGAACACAAGGAACAGUUCAAGAUCCAUCUUGAGAGGAAUGAACUUUGUUGUUGAACAAUAGUGAAAUAAAGCAAUGGUCUAAA